CGGCCUUAGGGGCCGUUGAGCCGUCUGGACCUGCAGCUGCUGGAAUGGAGACCGAAGUGUCAGAUGCGAGCAACCCCUAUUCAGUAGAAGGCGAGAGCCUGCUGCUGGACCUGGACCUGUAUGAUGUCGACAGCUACGACAUCCUGGACCCAGGGCUGCUCAAGGAAAAGAAUGAGUUGUUUUCGGACCCGGUCGCGAGGCUUUUUACCAGCAGCUCGCGGUGGCAGAACAUGACCCCACGUGCCCGUGCCCGCCAGCUGUGGCUGCUCCUACGUGCAGGCCUCCAUGACUUCGUGGAAAAGGAAAAAAGAGGUGAGCUGUGUGUGGCACGCUUGACCCAUGGGCUGGAGCCGCUGCGCCACCUGGAAGUGGCAGCUGGGCUGCGCUCGGUGGCACAGGACCCAGUGGGCAGAUGCUUCGUGGUGCUGGAUGGUGCAGGCCACCUGCACGUGCACAGAGAGGACGGCUGGGCUUACAAGAAGCUACAGGCCCCAGCUGUGCUCUCAGGGCUGGUGGCAGUGCUGGGCCCGCUGGGCACUGUGAGCCGCUUUGUGGGUUGGGGCCCCGAGGGGCUGGCCAUCCUAAGGCCUGACCUCAGCCUGCUAUGGCUGAGCAAGCCACGGAUGGGCAGGAUGCUGGCCCAUGAACCCAUCUGCUGUGUGCCAGUGCCCAGCCUGGGGCUGUUGCUAGUGGCAGAGGCAGGCGGCAGCCUGGUGCUCUGGAAGUUCCGUUCAGGGGGUCGCCGCCUGGUGCCAUGUGGGUCACCUCUGCAGCUGCCACCAAGCCCCGCAGGUACACUCACCCGUUUGGUUCUGGGGCCUCUGCAUUCCCAGCAAGUCCCAUGCUGCUUCGCGGCCUAUGGCUCAGCCGUGCUCAUCUUUGAUCUGCACAACUGGGCUCUCGUAGAUGUGCGCCGGGACCUGCACAAAACCACUAUCUUGGACUUGGCCUACUGCCUAGAGGUGGAGGCCAUGGUGACAGCCUCUCGCGACAGCACGGUGAAGGUGUGGGAGGCCGACUGGCAGCUCCGCAUGGUGUUCAUGGGCCACACAGGCCCAGUGACAGCUCUGGCUGCGCUCCCGAACACGUCCCUGGUGCUGUCGGCCUCGCAGGAUGGGACGCUGCGCACAUGGGACCUGCAGGCGGCGGCACAGGUGGGCGAGGCAGCGCUGAGCUGCUGGGGCCGAGACGCGGCGUCUGCGCGCGUGAACCGCCUGCUGGCGCCCGCGGGCCCCAGCUGGCCAGUGCUCUCCUUGAGCGCCAGCGGCGUGGGGCUGUGGCGCGUUCGCGAGCUCUACUCACCGUUGGCGCGGCUGUCGGCGCCAGUGCUUCACUUGCAGGUGGUGCCUGCGCUGCCCCCGCUCCCCCUCCUGCCCGCGCGCCUCGUGUGCGCAUGCGCCGACGGCUCGGUCUACCUGGUGUCGGUCGCCACCGGGCGCGCCGUGAGUGCGCUGCUGCUUGAACCCGAUGACUGCGCGGCCUCAGUGCUUUAUUGCUUACCACGCGAAGCACUGUGGCUGCUGACACGCGCCGGACACCUGGUGUGUGCCAACGCUGCGCGCUGCCCCAUGCGCGUGCUGCACCGCGUGUGCCCGCCCCCCGCCCCUGCGCCCAGGCCCUGCUGCCUGCACCUCUACAGCCACCUCACAGACCCCAGCGGCGCGUUUGCCAGCUGGGAGGCCGUGUGCCGGCAUGGGGGUGAGCCGUGCCCGAGGGACUCGGCCCGCGCCCGGAAGGACAAGAACCGGUACCUGCCCGUGGUGGGGCACACGGACGGCAGCCUGUCGGUCCUGGAGUGGCGCUGCUCGAAGACCGUCUUCCAAACCGGGGCACACAGCCCGGGCCCCGUCACCGCCAUCGCGUCUACCUGGAACAGCAUUGUGUCCUCCGGCGGAGACUUGACCGUGAAGAUGUGGCGCGUCUACCCCUACGCCGAGGAGAGCCUGAGCCUGCUGCGUACCUUUUCCUGCUGCCACCCGGCCGUGGCGCUCUGUGCGCUCGGGAAGCGAAUCACUGUAGGCUUUGAGGAUCCGGACAGCGCCACCUAUGGCUUGGUGCAGUUUGGCCUGGGCGACGGCCCCCGCUAUGACCACCGGCCCCAGGAUGACCCCACGGACCACAUCACUGGUCUGUGCUGCUGUCCGGCGCUCAAGCUGUAUGCCUGCUCCAGCCUGGACUGCACCGUCCGCAUCUGGACUGCAGAGAACCGCCUGCUGCGGCUCCUGCAGCUGGAUGGCGCCCCUCAGGGCCUGACCUUCAGCAGCAGCAGUGGGGACCUGGUGUUGGCUCUGGGCUCUCGACUCUGCCUGGUAUCUCAUAGGCUCUACCUGCCCACAUCCUACCUGGUUAAGAAGCUGUGCCAGAAGGUCCCCGAUGUGGUGGACGACCCUCCGCUGCCACUGACCAGCCAGGAGUCACUGACCUCAGCCCAGCUGCAGAGGCUCGCCAGGCUCCAUGGGGUGGCCAGUCUUAGCACAGACUUGUCUUUCAUCCAUCGCCAGACGGCAACAGCUCCGCAGCCAGCGUUGGAGGAGGACUUGGAAGCCCUAGUUGCCCGGGAUCAAGACCUUCAGCAGCUGAGGCUGGGGCUGGUGGUCCCGGCUGCCCAGCCCCCACCCUGCCAGCAACAGCGGCAGGAGGCGUUUGACAACUACUUUCGCCUGAUCUAUGGCCCUGGCUUGCUGGACGUGCCUUCUGGAAGAGCGUUCCAGCGGUGGAAUACCGUGACCCUCACUGUGGAGAGAGAGACCUGGGACCUGCGCACCUUACCCAGAGCUGCCAGCGGUCUUUGGCAGCCCGGGAUCUGCAUGGAAGCCCCAAAGGUGCCAGCAGCCCUCCCCCGACAGGACCCGGGAGCCAUGGACCAGCGCUUUGCCCACCGUCUCCGAGUCCCCCUGCCUAUCCCACCCACACACCGGGGGGUGCACAGCAGGGCAUCCCAGCUGCUGGCCCGCUCCUCCCUGAGCAGUAACCUGGGCCUCAGUCUGGACCUGCAGCUGCAGGUGGAGCGGCUCCAAGGGGAGAAGCCUGUGGUCCCGGGCCCACUGUCCCUGCACCUACAGCACAGGGUCCCCCUCUUGAGGAAGAGGCAGCCCAAGGAGCCUCUCUCCAACUUCCGAGGCUUUUUUCCUGCUGCCAUUCGGCCCUACAAGCACAUUCUGCGGCCCAUCAGCUUCCCGGGCCGCGUGCCCAACUCGGUGGUGCUGCAGCAGAUGUGGCUUCAUGGGGAGGUCAGCGGCCCCGGAGCCCUCGCCCAGCUCACCAGCCAUCGCAGGCACAAGCCAGACAGUAGCCAGGAUGACCUAUGGCUGCCCCGGGGCAUCAGGCGGCACCCGGCCAAGUGGCGGCAGAAGCUGAUCCAGUGGCUGGGAGAAGAGGAGGAGAAGGAGGAGGAGGAGGACGACGAGGCGCGGGGUCUGGACUGGUCCUCAGAUUCCCUGAGCGCACAAAGGCAGCUCUCUGAGUCCGAGGAGAUGGAGGCUCAGAGCUCCGAGUAUCUGACCCCGAAGCGCAAGCACUCCGGCACCGCCGCUGGGACCGAGACCUGCUUUCGCCGACCCUGGUAUCCCUACGGGCACUCGCUCUGGGAAGAGCGCUACGGGCAUCUGCCCGGGUUCCUGCAUUUCUUCGUUGGCCAGAACUGGUUCAAAAAGCUGUUCCCCCUCUUCACCCUGGAGGCCUACCCCGAGGUGGGCACGGUGGAGGGCCUGGCCUCACUGUUCAUGGACCUGCUGUGCGAGGCCUCUUGGGCAGACUGCGUGCACAUCUUGAAAGCGUUGCGGAGGCUGCUGCCAGACACCAGCAGAGACUUUCGUAAUCGGCUGCAGGGCGUUCUCGUGCGCCUGCUCAACCUGGACCAGCCCCCCAGCUUCCAGGACCAGACGCAGAAGCAGUUCGUGAUGCUGGCGCUGCAGCUCCUCCUGGCCUGCUCCCUGGAGUCCCGCGAGGUGGUGCUGGAGCUCAUGUCCUACUUCCUCUACUCGCCAGCCUCCUGCCGGCCCGAGCUCAGGAAGCUGCUGGACGGGCUUGGCCUUCAGGAUCCGCAGGGCUUCCUGUUCCAGGAGAUGAUGACCUGGGUCCAGGGCCUGGACGCUGACUCCAAGGCUGCCCUGCGCCAGUGCUGCUGCCAGAAGCUGGAGGAAAUGAUCCAGAGCCUGCAGAUGGAAUGCUUGCAGCCUUCCAUGGCCAAGUUGUCAGAGAUGCUUCCCAAGGUCUCCCAGACCUCGGUGUUUCCAUCUCCUCCCAAGGAGGCCCUGUCUCGGAUUUCAGUGCUCGCUGGGUCACCUCACAUCUCAGUGACACCCUUGGUCCAUUCCUGGUCGCCCUCACUGGUGGCCCAAGGGGAGCUGGACUUGGCUGUCCUCGAGUCCCGAGCCAAGCCGAUGCCUUCCGCGAUGCGCCUCGGGCAGACCAAACACGUGCUGUCGGAGGCGCUGCCCCCCUUCUGCCCCCCCGAGGUCCACUUGCGCUCCUCGGCUCCCGCCGCGCUGGGGGAGGAGCCGCUGCCGCUGGAGCAGACGGACUGGUCCCGGUCACAGAUGCUGGACCUGGGGCCAAUCGACGCACUCAACUUCUUCUGCGAGCAGCAGAGGGCUCGGCAGCAGGGUUUCCUGCAGGAGGAGCUCGAGAGAAGGCGCCCGAGCCCGUGCCCGCCGGAGCCCCGCACAGUGCUGCCACAGCCCCGGGAUCGCUGGCACUACCCCAUCCUCCGGCUUCAGGAGGCCGAGGUCCAGAGGUCUCCGAGGAGGCUGAGGGACUGGAUGCGGUCCCGGCUCUGGGUGGGCCACACCAUCCGUGGCUCCAUCCGGAUGCUGAAGCUGCCGCUGCCGAGAGCGGAGGUCCAGCCUUUCCCGCCGGCCUGGCCCAAGCCUGCGCGUCCGCUGCCGCCACUGCUCCUGCAGCGCUACUUUCUGCCGGACGAUUCGCACCCGGACAGCUGCGGCUGACCGGGCUACUGGCCCCGGUCUCUUCGUCCCUUUAGAACUGGGUUGACACGUGGCUCUCCAGCCAGCCGUUCUCCCCUGGAAAUAAAGGCCAGGAAAAGGGGUGCUGUCUUCAUCUUUGGGGGCUGCAAGUAUGAGCGGAGCAGUCUGUAUGGUGUGAUGAUGUGCCUGUCGGAAGGCAGGAGCUGGGGGCAAGGUGGAGUCUGGCGUGGUCAGCCCUGGGUGCAGCCCCAUUCCUGCUGGGGGUGGGUCUGUCUGCCAGGAGUGAGACCCAUCGUGUGGGCAUGUCCCUGCUCAGGCACUCAGCCUGUGUUUAUCAGUAAAUUACUGGGGUGGGGACUCAUGGGCCAGUGAGUGGCCAGGCAUGGAGGGAAUGGGAGGGUCUAGGUGGCCACACGUGUGUGUGUGUGUGUGUGUGUGUGUGUGUUGAGGGGGGCCUGCUGUCGUUUGCUGCAGACUUCAAACCAGCCUCUGUUGGCGCUUUGGUACCCUUGGGCCGGAAGGGAGAAGAACUGAUGGGAGUCCCCUGUGCUUUAUUCCAGAAGCAAGAAAGGGACAGGAUCGUUUGGACCCUUCUACCUAAAACUUGCCACGAGACAGAACUUGUAUGUGAAGUGUAGGGUCUCGGAGGGCCUUGGCUUCCUUCGGAGCUGUCAGGACCUCCCAGGGCACAGGUCCCAUGUGUACCCUUGUUAUCAGGGCUGCCUUUGUUUUGUUUAAGAUUUAUUUAUUAGAGAGAGUGAGUGAGCGCACGAGAGGG